AUGAUAAUGGACAAGAGCGAGAUCCACGACACUCUCGAAGAAUUAAUCGGAGAUGAAAAUAGCCAUGACCUUGAUGUUACAGUCCUGAGCGAACGCCAUGAGAACGGUAAUGGUUAUCAUGAGGAUGGUAAUGGUUGUCAUGAGAACAGAAAUGGUUAUCAUGUCGAUCCUGGUCUCGCCGAUGAUCAACCUGGCCCUUCGUUCCCAGCCAUUGACGAAGAUGAUGAAGAGCAGCCGCACAGAAGCGUUGGGAUACCUCCACAGUUGUGUUUUUGCACUGCCCAGCCUUAUGGUUUGGCAUACAAGUUACGCCAAGUCUGCAUCCAGCUGGACAGCAGCUUUGCAUGGAGUUUUUUCGUUUUUUCCAUGUCCAUGCUAAAUUGUUUGGGAGUUACGAUCAUGGCAGAACUGUACACGGGAGAUUACAGGAACAGUGCAGUAUUCCACACCCUGUACAUUUUUGAUGAUCUCUGUGUUGGAAUACAAGGGAUUGAAGUUUUUGUGGGAAUAUCUGCCAAAGGUUUCAAGACCUGGAUCAAGGAUGUGUACAACAAGCUGGAGCUCUCUCUACUGUCCACAGCUCUUCUCGGUUUCUGCCUCACUUCUCUUGGAUGGAAGGUCUUUGUAUUGCGAUCGUUCAGGCUGCUGCGGCUCUUCAAGCUCCUUUCCCGCUUCCAGGCUCUCUCGUACGUCAAGCACAUCGUGACGACCUUGGAAGUCGCACUGGUCCAGAUGUUCACCGUCUGCUCCAUUCUGUUCUUCUUCAUGUUGACAUACAGCUUGCUCGGCAUGUCUGUCUAUCAGAGUUCCUUCAAGCGAAGGUGUGUCUCAAUGGAGUACCUUAGCCAACCUUGUCAGUCCUACAGCUCACCAUGGUCGUCUUCUUGUUCGCUGCCAUUCCAAUGGGAAAGAGAUCCGCUGAGAUCGAGCUGGAACGUGUCAGUACCAGGAGGAUAUCCCUACUUCGAGCUGUGCGAUAUCAUUUCGUUCGACAGCGAGGACUUUCCAAAAGAUUACCUAGAUGCCGUUAAGCUCGCAAGGCACAGAAGAGGCGAGCAAGUAAAGCAGAUGUGCACGAUCGUGGGAUACCCGCCGAAUCAGUUCGGAUACGCGCACUUUGACAACGUCGGAUCCGCACUCCUGGCGGUUCUCCAAUGGGUGAUCGCAGACUCAGCCUAUGACAUCAUGUGGUUCAGCUACGAGAGCGAGUACUAUGUCAGGUUCUUGACGUUCCUGCUGUAUCCGGCCAUCACCAUCACCUGCUCUUGGAUGCUUCUCGGGAUGUUCAUCGCGAUCGUGACGGGAACCUUCCAGCGAGUCAGAGAAGAAGAGAAGACAAGAACGUCCCAAGUUGCCCCAGAACAGAUACUUGAGAAGGUGGUGGACGGGCCUCAGUCCGACAAGAAUUUUCUUCAGGAAAGCCUCCCCGCAACUACUGAGACAGCCCAGAUGACGAUAUCCGUUGAGUCGCCCAAGGCGCAGAUCCCUAUCUCUGAACAGAGGGUGGACAUCAAGCAAGAAGCCUGCUGUUCAACUCCGGGGUGGAAUGUCUUCAAAGAUCGGGCUCUGCUCUUGCAGCAGAGCUCUUACUACCAGCUCUUCUUGUCCUCUAUCAUCGCUCUACAGACCAUCUUCCUUGCGAUGGACGACGAGACCUCUCUCUCGAAGAUGCCGUUGUCGUUUGUGGUGAUCUAUUCGACAUGCCAGGCAGUCUAUGUCUUUGAUGUCUUCUUCCAAGCUUUCGUGAUGAACCGAAUGAUGGGGGAGAGUGAAGUAGCCAUCAUCAUCGUCCUCGUUUCCGAGGCUCUCCUUUCACUCCUUGGGAUCAUCGGCCUGGGGGCGAACUGGAAUUUUCUGAUCCGCUUGCAAUGCAUUCGCAUCUUCCGCCUGUACAGAUACGUCCCUGUGCUACAGGGGCUCAUCAACUCAGCAGUGAAGGGAGUUCCUGCAGUGAUCAACCUCUGCAUCUUCUGCUUCAUCUGGAUCCUCUGCUUCACUGUGACAGGAAGGUUUCUAUUCCGCGACUCCAUGAACGAUAUCACCCGAUCAAACUUCUCCUCCUUCGAGAUCGGCUUCCUUACAGUCUUCCAGAUCUUCACGGGGGACUCUUGGUCCGGCGUGCUGUACAGCGCAAUGGCGUCCAAGGAUGGUUUCGCAGGGAAGUUUGCAGCAGCGAUAUUCUUCAUUGUCCUGCUGCUCAUGAGCAACAUAGUUCUCGUGAACCUCUUUGUCUCCGUCGUCAUCGAGAACUUCAACUUUGCCGAGACCAUCUCGAGCAUCGAGGACGGGAAGAACCUUCAGUGGAUGAGGAAGCAGUUUGCCAACUAUCAGUCGAACCUCCAGGAGUCGCUCAAGGCCAUGCAGCCUCGGGUGUCUGCGAGCAACCUGACUCGAACGGACUCGCACGCCUCCUUCCUGCUGACAAACAUCUUCGCCAAGGCGAACUUGGCAGACAAGGGGGACAAGGAGUUGAAGGAGAAGGCGAAGGAGAAGAAGUCUUCAGGGGGGAGCGAGGCAUCCGCGGCAAUGCUCAAGACGGGCUUGUCCACUCGCAUUCUUAUCAAUAUGGCGUCCCUGGCGAACCCAAAGGUGCACCUCAAAGACCAGAAGUUCGGCAACUCCUUCAUCUUUGACUGGAUCGUGUACCUCACCAUCGUUGUGAGCUGCGUGCUGCUCUGCCUGACGCCGCCCUACGACGACAUCCCACACGAGACAGUUCUGAUCUCGCCGAAGACGAUGAGCAUGCUGAACCUGGCGACAACCAUUGUUUUCACGCUUGAGUUUGUCGUGCGGAUCAUGGUGUCCGGGCUGCUGCUCGAGAGCAAUGCGUAUCUGAGAUCGGGCUGGAACCUCGUUGACCUGCUCGUGCUCCUCCUCUCGUGGAUGGACGACCUUGCAAGCAUGUCGUCGAUGAACUCGGCGAAGUCUCUGAGGAUCAUGCGUAUCCUCCGCCCCCUCCGCCUUGUGAAAAAGAACAGAGGGAUGAGAACGAUCACAAAUGCUCUCCUCUCUGCUCUUAUCCCGACCUUCUACGUCCUCAUCUUCCUCUGCACCAUCCUGUUCAGCUUCGGAGUGAUCGGGAGAGGGCUGUUCGGCAACCGAUUCUACUCCUGCAACGCCUACGACGUGAGCUACCCGGCAGGGAAGGCAGAGUGUAGCGGGAUGAUACUGAACAAGGACCAGUUGUUUCUCCAACCUCGGGCCUGGGUCAACUACCAGCACAACUUCGACAGCAUCGCGUCCGCCAUGAUCUCUCUGUUCAAGGUCACAACCCUCAAGUACACCGGAACCCUCCAGGCCAGUAUGGACGUCACGACCCGUGACCAGAGCCCGAGCACGAACAACUCGACCUACUACGGGCUAUACUACGAAGUCUACGUCCUCGUCGGCUCCUUCUUCAUCUGGAACCUCUUCGUUGGCUUCGUCGUCGACGGCUUUUACGCCAACAGAGGGUCUGACAAGGUGGACAGCAUCUUCCGCCGCUGCCAUCGGCUCGUGAGCGAGAGGAAGACCAAGGUCAUCGCUGCCCUCCUUCCCCGAGAGCCCUGGAGGGUCAUGAUCUACGACCUGCUGCGGUCCAAGUGGUACAAGACUUUCUCCAUCUCCUGCAUCGCCAUCAACGUCGUCUUCAUGUCAACGCAGCAUGCCGACUCGUCUCCUUCCUUCAACCGCAUGAUGGCCACACAGAACCUCUUCUUCUACGUCCAACUCCUCGUCGAGGUCCUCCUCUCCUUCCUCGGCUUCGGCUUCCGCCACUUCUUCCACGACAUCUUCCGCGUCUUCGACCUCAUCGUCACCCUCGGCCUCAGCAUCGGCUACGCGUCGGGGAGCAGAGAAUUCAUGGAGUUCGGCAAGUCGUUCCGCCUCCUCCGCAUCAUCCAGGUCAUGUGCAUCCUCGGACCCGUCGAUCAGAUCCUGCAGACUCUGUUGAAGUCGCUCCCUCAGCUCGCCAGCAUCUCCGCCCUCAUCUUCCUCAUCCUAGUCAUGUUCGCCUCCCUCGGCGUCCAGCUCUUCGGCAUCACCCGAGCUGGUCGCCGACUGGGCCCGACCGCAAACUUCGAGAGCUUCCCCCAGGCUCUGAUGACCUGCCUGCAGAUCCUGCGAGGGGACGAGUGGCAGGAGCUGCUGGAGGACUCCAAGGUCCAGGCUCCCUCCUGCACCCCGAUCUUCGACUCGGCCCACGUCUACGGCUACGAGGGGAAGGACCUGUCCUUCGGGGACUGCGGAGCUUCCGCAUGGCUGUCGGACUUGUUCUACAUCGGCUUCAAGCUGGUAUGCGAGGCUUCGCUCCUCAACCUCAUCAUCGGAAUGAUCCUCCAGAACUUCUCUUACAUUACUGAGGACGCGUCACAUGUGGAGGAUGCGGAGUGGUCUACGGGACCUUCCGUGCGGCAGGUGGAGGAGCUUCACGAGAUUUUCCUCAGGUUCAGCAACGCUGACGAGAUGUUCGACCCCGAGGACACGCUUGUGCUCAUGAAGGCCUUUCCUCGUCCUCUCGGAUUCCGGACGUCGCAGGAGGGAGAUGCAAAGUUUGGGAGGCUGGACAAAGCAGCAGCGAGGCUGGUCCGGGCAGAGUUCAACCUGCUGCUGCGAGAGAGGAGGGGGGACAGGGAGUUCAGAGACAAGAGUCCGGACUUGGUUCGAUGGCAGGGAUGA